AUGGGUGUGGGAGCCUCCUGCCCCCAGCCUUCGUGCUGCAAUCCCGAGGGGCCGGAGCUUCAUGUCGUGGAAGCUAUAGCAUCGGAGGCACGACUCGAGCAAGCUCCGACACUUCAAAGUAAAAGCGAGCGUAGUGAUAAGCUCGAGCGCGGCGCCAUCAGUUGCACCACCUUGAUGGACUCUAUACCGGACUUGCCGACAAGAGGAACCUCGACUGCUACUGUCAUGAGCAAGGGGGAGCGGCACAAGCAGCAGAGAUACUCCCACGUUGACAUGGGCGUGGUACGGGGCAUGCCGUUGCGAAAGUCCCUCAAUGGCUUGGGUCGUGUUUGGCGCUACAACCCUUGUACAUGGCAGCCUGAAGACUGCAUGAGACUGUAUAAUAUGUCAGAGAAAGUGACGUAUUUUCAUGUGUUCCUUUCCCACACUUGGUGGACUCCUGGAAGGUGGAAGUUCCUAUCGCUGUCUUUUCAGUGUGGCUGGCACUAUGGUCUUAUCUUCUGGUUUUCCUCUGUGGCAAUUUGCGCGGCCCUUUGCCUGUAUGAUGUUCUGCCGAUGCCACUGACGUACCGAGCGACCAUCAUGGGCUUCGAUGAGGUCUGCCCGAUGGGCUUUUGGAUCAUCUCUUGCAGCUGUGUGGCCACGGGGCUUGGGCUACUGUCUACUCCUCUGUGGCCAGAAAGGUGCAGCCGCUCAGACAUCGGAUUCAUCGAUGUGUCCAGCAUCCACCAGGUGGACAAGAAGCUGAUGGAGCGUGGCAUCUUCGGAAUCGCUGGGUUCCUGAGCAUUUCCUCCGAGCUGCGGAUCCUCUGGAGCGCGCCGUACCUUUCUCGUCUUUGGUGCGUCUUCGAAGUAGCCGCAUACAAGAAAGUGAAUCCAACUGGAAGGAUCACAUUCAGGCCGAUGUUCGUCGAGAGGGCCGUGUUGGGAAUGCUGCUUUCCUCUCAUGCCUUUGCUUUUCUCAUUCUUUUCGGACGGGAGAUGUUCUAUGGCAACUUUGUCGUCCUCCUUUUCAUAUAUUACGUGACGUGGCCCGUGGCCAUCUGCGUGCUGAGACUGAAUUUUCGGGAGAAGCACCACUUGUUGUCCCAGUUGGAGAACUUCGAUUUGGGAACUGUGCAGUGCUCCCAUCAAUUUGAUCGAGAUUUCAUCCACGCCGCCAUCGAGAAGUGGUACGGGAGCAAGCAGGUCUUCGUGGAUUUUGUGCGGACUGACCUGAGGGACGAGCUUGAGAAGUCGCUUUCUCGUACGCGCCUUCCGAACCAGUACCAGCUGUUAUUGCUAACGCCAAUCCUCAGUCUCAGCGCAGAGUACUUCCUGGCAAUCUGGAAGGCCGGUGCUCCUUCUGAUGCCCUGCUGUCCUUUGCAAUUGGAAUCUUCUUGGGCUUUGACGUUUGCUACCUUUGGGCAAGCAACCUGCUCAUGAUCUACCUAUGUGACGUCCUGGCCCCUCGCCGCUUCGGCUACUUAGACCACGUGCAGACAAUUUUCAUCAUCUUCAUGAUUGUGCUGAUUCUCUAUCUUGGUUCCGUGGGAUCUGCCGCGGCGUACCAGGACAGUCUCACUGGAGCCUGUGUUUUCCUCGGGGUCUCAGUGCUCUUUGUUGCCUGCAUGUGCUGGUUGGAAGGCCGGUCGGUUGCCAGCCUGCUCCGAUAUUGUGCCCGGAGAUGGUCUUGGAGAGCCGACCAUCCUGACGAGUUCCAGCCAGAGUCGAAGCCAAAUGCUUCGCGGGUGUAG